AGUGGCGCUAGGAUCGCGGACAGUCGCUGUCGCGCCAGGCACCAGUUCCAGCAGUCCGAGCAGUCGCAAUUCCGUCGCCUAACCAGCAUCGCUCGCCUCUUUUACCUUUUCACCCUCUCGCAAAACGCAUCGAGGCUUUAGCCGCAAAGCUGCAUCAAUUCGCCCGUGUCCCCCGUUUUCCCCACUCCCUUUAAGCCUCAACACCGUCACCGUCCCCCUCCUUGUGUCACCUCUCGGUCGCGUCGUCGUUCAAAGAUCGUCGUAACGCGCCCAUCGUACGGCGCUCAGUCGCGAGUGGUGUCAAAACGUUGGUGAGAAAUAUUCAACGUUUAUAACUCUAAAACACUCUUCGUGUCGUGAUAAUAUUUUUAAAUAUAAUAAUAAUUAUUUAAAUUUAAAUUUAAAUUACAACACGAUAAUAAAAAAGAGGCCAACGACAAGGAAAACGACAGCAACUAUUUUUAUCUGAUAACGACAGUCAUUUUUUUUUAUUUUUUAAAUUUGGUGAUAUAUAUUUAUCUGUUUGACAUUUUUAAAUAGUUAAAUUUUUUUAUUUUAAUAAUAAUAAUAAUAUUAUUAUUAUUGUUGUUGUUGAAUUUAAUUAAAUUUCAAGAGGAUAAAUUAUUAUCAAAUUAGUGGAAGGCUGAUAUGAGACGGAGAAACAUCAAAGAUCGUGAUCAUUUGCACCGGCAUUGUCAGUGAGAGAAAAAAUAAAUUUUUUAAAAAUAAGAGUGUGUAGUCAGAUCGCUGUGUUAAUUUUUCACCAAUUGGACACGGUAAAAAAAAAUACCAGAGUACGCCUGCGGCACGUGCCAGGAGUGGACCGAAUAAAUGACGUAAAUCCAAGGAUCAGAAAGGGACGUAACGCUAACUCGCUGGUCCCCCAUCCCCUCUAUCCUCCUCUCUCUUUUUAUAUUUGUCCCGUCUUUUUCUCUCUUUCUCUUUCUCUCUCUUUUUCCUCCUCUCACUUACUAAAAACUUCCACUUAACUAUCCUUGUUCACUGUCCUGCUCUGUUUUCCCCAAUCUGGCCUUUCUAUCUGAAGACCUUACUCACAACCCAACUCGACCUCUCGACCCGUCAGUACACCGACACGUCGUCGCACCCACUUCUUCAUCCUCCCUUGCUUUUUAUCCUCUACCAUCAUAACCCAAUUCGCACAUCCUUUUUUCCCACAUAGCCGCACUGCAGCAGUGAAACCAGAUCACUGACAUAUACUACGUCCAGCAGUUUAAACAGCGAUACACACAUCAACCUAGUCUGUCUUCUGCUCCACAAAACAACAGCAACAGCAACAGCCAUUUAAACAGCAGACUCUUGUAAGAUCAAUUAAAAGGCUAAAGAAUUUUUGAUUCCUGUAAUAACUAUUACAGUAUCUGUCAUUGUACAUCUGCAACUGCUGUUGCUAAAGCCUAGUGAGUGCACUUGCCGAUCGUUACAGCUUCCAAGCUUUUCCAGAGCUUUGGCAUUGAACUGAAAAAUAUUUAAAUCUAAAAACCAGAUCACGGUAUCUUGUGCAAGUGUCUGUAAUUAUCAAUACUGUCAGCUCAUCUUGGCCUAAUCUUACGGCCUACACCAAAAUCGAGCAACGAGACGCCAGAAAAAAAAAUUCAGUGCAACUGGAAGAUUAAUAAUUUAUAAAUAGUCGAUGCAUAUAAAUUACUUUAGUCGAUAUCUAUUAAUGGAUUUAGCGACAAGUUAUUAUUGAAUAUACCUCACUAUUAAUUGAUUAUUUACUUGUAUUAAAUAAUAUUUGCUAUAAAUAAAGUUAGCAAAUAUAACAAAUAACAUUAUUAAUCCAAUACAAAGAGUGUGAUUAAAGGAUAAUUAUAACUUUGAAUAUUGAAAAAUAAUUCAUCGGGUGUAAACGGCAAUAAAACAAUUAAAAGUUAAACGGCGCGUGUUGUAAUUUGACGACGUCUGGCGAGUUAACGAAAAAACAAAAUUACAAGAAGAAGAAGUUGAAGAGUGAGCGUGAUUACACGAGGAUUCAAACCAAUCCAAUUAACACGAGGAUAAUAAGAUGGCAAUGGUCAACAUGAACAACCUACUUAAUGGCAAGGAUUCACGCUGGUUACAACUUGAGGUGUGCCGAGAGUUUCAACGCAACAAGUGCACCAGGCCUGAUACGGAGUGCAAAUUCGCUCAUCCACCAGCCAACGUCGAGGUGCAGAAUGGACGAGUAACAGCCUGCUACGACAGUAUCAAGGGACGAUGCAACCGUGAAAAACCACCAUGCAAAUACUUCCAUCCACCACAACAUUUGAAGGAUCAGUUACUAAUAAAUGGUCGCAAUCAUUUAGCUCUAAAAAAUGCCCUCAUGCAACAAAUGGGAUUAUCACCGGGACAAGGACUUGUGCCUGGUCAGGUGCCCACAGUGGAGGGCCAACCUCCUCCGCCAUCUGCGCACCAUCACCUCCAACAGCAAAUCCAGCAACAACUUCUCGCUACCCACGCCUUUAUGGCCACCAAUCCAUACCUGACUGGAAUGCCGCAGGUGAAUAACACAUACACGCCGUACUUCACGCCAAGUCCGAUAAUGCCGGCGAUAAUGGGACCAGCCGACCCUACGGGGGUUGGUAGCCCGUUGGGAGUGGUGCAGCAGACGGUGGCGAUGCCGCAGAAGAUGCCACGUACCGAUCGUCUCGAGGCCGGAUCUUUAUCGUCAAGCGUGCCGGGAAUGGGCGCUAUGGCUGGUGGAGUGUCAGGAGUGCCGUCAUCGGCUGUACCCGGAGGACUUCAGAACGCGAGUAUGGCGAGCAUUGAGCUCGGAAAGAAGCGGAUGCGCGACACCAAUGAUGAUCUGCUAAUGAUGGAAUCAAAGUCCUUUGGAUCAUUCUACUACGAGAAUUUUGCCUUUCCGGGAAUGGUACCGUACAAGCGUCCCGCGGGUGACAAAUCCGGGAUGCCAGUGUAUCAAGCAACUGGCGCGACGACCUAUCAACAAUUAAUGCAGUUGCCGCAGCCCUUCGUGCCUGUGUCAUGUGAGUACGCUGGAACACCACCCCUUCCCCAACCACCCUCUAAUCAGUCAAUCGCGAGUACGCAAAACUCAAUACCGUCCUCCCAACAAGCGUCAUCCUCGAGUAACGCCGAAACAAACGGUGUCCUCGUAGAUCCCAACAAUCCUCCUCCACCCCCGCCAAGCGUAGGUGUUGGCGGCGGUGGAGGUGGAGGAGGAGGUGGCGUAGGCAGCAACGAUGGCAAUAGUAAACAAAUAUCAUCCUCAAAUCAUGAUAACGAAAAUAAUACACGGAACUCUCCCGAAUUGAAUCACACAAGCACACCGCAAGUGAGCCAACUGGCAGCAGUGCAUUCCGCAUCAACAGCAGCAACAAUAAACCACCCAAUGACCUCAUUAACUGGACUCUCAUCAAUGCCCAGCAUGACUAAUCUAACGUCAAUGGCAAAUAUGGUGUCUAUGGCCAACAUAAAUUCUAUUCAAGCGUCAAUCGCAAAUAUGCAACAUCAGCAACAUCAAGCUAAUUCAAUGGCUAAUUACACAAUGGCCAACAUGGCUCACCUUAAUGUUCUUAAUUCACUUGGUAUGAAUCCCACAAGCUUCGCAGCUAUGGAUCCAGCCACUCUGGCUAAAGAAGUCGCACAAAAAAACUACGCUAAAGCAAUUAAAUUUUCACAGGCGACACAGCAGUACGGUAUUAAUCCUCUUAAUGCAUUGAAUUACACCGGUGUUGCAUUGAACAAACAGGCAUUGUCGAUGAGUCAAUCUGGAGCCGCUGCUGCUGCUGCAGUACACGCUGCUGCUGCUAACAAUGCCGCUGCUGCUGCCGCUGCGUCACGGCAAAUGCUUCCACAUGGGCUAGCUCAUCAUGGUAUACCGGGUACCGCAACUCUUGCCUCAAAUCUUCCAGCCAGUUUGCUACACUAUCCCAGACCGACUGCUGCUAGUAUAAAUCCUUACUCACUUAUGAGACAGCAUCCAAUUUUACCUACGCCUUACAUGCAAGCCUCAUUGUCUGGUGUACCAAGUGCUGCCGCAGGACUCCAGCAGCACACCAAUCCCUACCUACAAAACCCUUACGCCCUUUUACCAGGCAUGGCCGUCCAUGGCAUGCACGCCGUUAAUCCCGGUUUAUCUGGUGUCCCUCAAUUGCAAGCUGGUAACCCGGCUACCAUUGCAGCACAGCCACAAGUCGCCAUACCCGUCAGCUCUGGCGUUAUUAUGCAGCCUUAUAAGAAAAUGAAAACUACAUAAAUAAAUAAAUUCAAAUACUUUUAUUGCAUACAGACUUAAAUAAUAAUACAUAACUAUUAUUAUUAUUAAUUUUAUUAAUGUUAUUAUUAAAUCGCUGAGCAUUCUGUUCAUUCAAAUAGAUCUCUAGUAAGUUUUUUCUUUAAACUUUUUAUUAUAAUUAUAACUUAUCUAUCUAUCUAUUUGUUUGUUUGUUUGUUUGCUUAUUUCAAUUAAAUGGAGAUUUAAUGAUAAUGAUUGCAAGCGACUGAUAAUCGAUUUAACUGACCGAUUAAAAAAUGUUUCAAAAUUAAAAUAGUUUCAUUUUCUAGUCAGACAUUGUCAGUGAACAGUGCCUUAUUGAUUAUUCGAUGCCACGGAUUAUAAUAAUAUAUAUAAUCUUAUUUACGCCACUGAUUAAUAUGCAUCAUACACACAUAUAUAAGACUACUAUAUAUUUAAAAUAAUUAUUUUUCUUGUUGUUAAUUCAUUUAUUAACUAAAUUAUAUUCAUUUUAUAUUUUUAAAGACUGCCUGUCACUUUUUAAAUAUAUAUUUAUAUUUCUUUUAAAAUGUUUUCAUUAAGUUACAUAUUUAUCUUUUAAUUAUUAUCUUUAUUUUAUUUUACUUUUUUUUUCAAUAUGGUUGUUUGUUACAUUUACUAUUUAAAAAAAAAAAAAUUAGUGUUUUAUUAAACUAUCAAAAUUAUUUUUAAACAUUUUUAUCACUUUGAUAAUUAAAAUUAAUACUAUUAAUGUUAUUGAAGUUAUUAUUAUUAUUGGUUUAAAUGAUCAUUGUCAAUAUUUUACGGGACAAAAAUGCAUCGAUCAUUAAUUAUAAUUAAUAAAAAAUAACUGUUUUAUGUUAACAUAAAUUUUCGAUAUAUUUUUUUUUUCUUAUUAAUUACGUUCUCAUUAGAUUUUAUGAGAGUGAAUGUAUCAGACGUUAGACAAAUUUAUAAUGAUUAAUAAAUUGAGUAAAUAAUUAAUAAAAUAAAAUUUUAAAAAAUGUGCAUUAAAAAAAUUUUUAAAUUAAUGAGUGCAUUUUUUAUAAAUAUUAUUUUUUUAAUUAUUUACCCUAUUUAUUUAUAAAUUUAAAUGUCUGAUGUCUGCUAAAUUCACACUCGUUAGAUUUUUUAUAUUUCAUAUAAUAUAUAAUCAUGUUUUAAAUGUAUGCAACUUGUCCAAAGACACAAGUGUCAACUUGCUGUCAAAAUUUAUUUUUAAAAAUUCUAUUUGUUUUUAUUAUAUGAUAACUAUUAUUAUUAUUAUUAUUAUAUUUAAAUAAGUUAUAAUAUUUAAAUAAUUAUAUUCGUUGACAUUUUAAUACAUAUUUAGGUUUAAUUUUAUUUAUAAACACACAAUAUUCGAUAAAAAAAAUUUGGGAGAGUUCCGUAAUAAAGUCGUCAUCAUUGCGGUACAAAAUAAAUAGUACGCAUUAAAUGGAUUUUAAAUAAAGAUAAAUAAAGUUUACAAAGUGAUGAAUUUAUUAUAAAUUUAUAAAUAAAAAGUAAAUUUAAAAAAUGCCAGAGUUACCGCCUGCUGCAAAGAUAAAAAGAAAAAAACGUUUAAUGAAUUUAAUCGUCUUUUAAAUAAACAAGCAUUGUAUAUGAACCGUCGUAACGAUAAUAUUAACGUUUAAAAAAAAAGUAAAUAAGAAUGCAUUAAAAAAAAUCGUAGAGGAACGAAAGAAAGAAAUAAAAAUAAAUAAAUAAAAAGGAAAUGGUGAAUUAAUGUAUUGUAUUUUUGUGAGUACAUGUAUUUCUUCAAGGGUAACUAAAUAAAAGAAGAAUAUUAGAACGAAAGUUAACGAGUGUGAUAUGAAUAAAACUAAAGUAUAAUAAUGAGUGCAAGUAAAUAUUAUACUAAAAAAGCAGGCGUAUGGAUCUUGAAAAAAAAAAAACAAAUUAAAAAAAAAAGAUGCAGGAUAAUAUAAAAUCAACAAAUGUCGCGUUUUUUCAAUACGCUUGUACAUAUCUGUGCUCGAAUGCAUAGAUAUCUAUUUAAAAAAAAAAAUAAUAUAUAUAUAUAUAUAUAUAUAUAUAUAUAUAUAUAUAUAUAAAAGAAUGAUAAUAUUAAUAUUUAAAACUAUACUUGCCAGUGAUUUGAAUACUUUUCGAAUUGAUAUAUAAAUAUAUACUAUACAAAUAUAUAUAACUGACAAGAGAGUGAUAUAAAGAAUUCUAUAUACUUGUAUAUAUAUAUAUGAUAUACGAUUCUUUGCAUAAGUGAAAAUCAUAAUAUAAUAAUGUACAUUUAUAUAUUAUUAUACUUAAAAAUUAAUAUAAUCAGGUACAGAAUAAUCCGUAAAAAAAAAUAAUUAUGAUAGAUUAUAAUAAUCUCAAUCAUGGAUAGAAUUUUCCAGUCUAUGUAUUGAGAUAUAUUAAAGGCGUACUGUACGUAGGAGAAAAUAAAUAUAUUAGUUAGCAUUGUAUAAUGAUAAAUUAGGUCCUAAGACGGUCGGAAAAAAUUUUAAAUACAAAUCAAAGUCCUCAGAGAUUAAUUAUUCCAAGAGUUUAAAUUUAAAAAAAUUGAUUAAUUUUUUUUUUUUUAGUCAAUUUAAUUAUUUCCUUCGAAUAAUGAUAAUAAUAACAGAGAAGGUAAAUUAAAAAUUAAAGUUUUAUGAAAGAAGUAAAAAAAAAUGAACUCGCACAUUCUUGAUUCUCUGAGUUCUUUGAUCCUUUACAAGAUUAAAAAUGGCUCCUGAGAAUACGGCGGUCUACGCACACUUGCACAAAAUAAUUGAAUUAAAUAGAGAAAAACUAUAUAAAAUAAGUAAUAGAAUGAAAUAGUAAUAACUAUUUAAAAAAAAAAAAUUAAUGUGGAGAAAACAACGUACACUAUUUCUAACCGGACUUUGUUAUUUACUCACGCGCCGCGAAAUAAAUAAAAGCCUAAAAAUAACGCCGGAUGUCUUCCAGUUUGAAGAGCGGUUAAUAUUUAAAACCGCAUAGAUUUAUUUUUUUUAUUUAGUCUGUUGUAACAAUUAGUCAGAUCGAAGAUUUUUUAUAAAUAUUCAGAUAAAAAAGAUUUAACAAAUUAAACGAUAUUUAAUAAUUAAUUAAUUAAUUUUAAAAAUAAACAAGGGAACCAUUUUUAUUCUUAACAAGGAAUAUAUAUUCACUAGGGCCGUCCAUUGUGAUAGUAUAGUUUGUAUAAAUAUAUAUUAUUAUUAUUGCCCUAAGCACACAAAAUUACUAAUUAAAAAAUUAUUAAUAAUUAUAAAUUAAUUAAAAUGAAGUAACAAAAAGAAGAAAAAAAAAGGUUUUAAAAACUAUAUGACGAUAAAAUGUAUGUGUAGUGAAAAAAAUUUUUCGAUGGAUAAAAAAAAGGCCUAUUGCUGCGCCAAAGCCAAUAUAAAACGAUAAAUAAAUUUAUUCACUAUCGUACUUAAAAAUUCAAAAGAUUUAGUAAUAAAGUAAAAUUUUUAAAAAAUAAAUAUGAUUAUUAUUACAAUUAGCUUGCAAAUCGGUAAUGUAGGAUUCAUUUGGAUAUUUAAAUUAAUAUAUAAAUUAGUGAAUACUAAAAUAUAUAAUUAGUUUAAAAAAAAAAAAAAUAUUAAUAAUAAUAAUUAAAUAAAAUUAUAAGAUCAACGAGCUGUUGGCUGGUACGAAUUGAUGAAGCCCAAGGCCUGAUAAAAUUUUACUAGUUUAAUUAGUCAUGAAUUCAUGCAAUUUUAAAAUUUAAAAUUUAUAAAUUAACAAGAAAAAAAAAUUAUUUUAUUUUAGUCAAGGAAAAUAAAAAUUUACCAUUGAUAUUUUGGCUUAGAUAAUUUUUUAAUAGUAAUGUUAUUUUUUAUUAUUAUUAUUAUUAUUUAUAUUAUUAUUUUUAUUAAUAUUAUUAUUAUUAUUAUUGUUUUAAUGUGUGUUAUUGCUAAUCAAGAGUUUUUAUGUCGUUGAGAAUGAAAUUAAUUCAAGUUUUAAAAUUUAAAAAUAUAAAUUUAUAAAUUAGCUUUAAGGUCUUGGGCGCUAAUUCGGUUAAAUUCAGCGGAAGUGCCUUCCUUUGCACUUAUAAUCCACUGCGCACCGUCAUAGGAACACCAUAAGAUCUAGAAUGAGUGGAAAAAGAAAGAUUUUAAAUAAAAAAAAAAAAAAAAAAUUAAUUAAUAAUUACAAAGUACACUACUUAUUAUAUAAAAUAUGCCUAAUAUUAUUAUUAUAUAUUAAAUUUAUAUACAUAUUAAAAAAAAAAAAUAUAUAUAUAUAUACAAAUACUUGCGCAAUAUUAUUGUUGCAUAUAAGUUGCGUGCAACGAAAAAUAAACAUACUUUAUUAAAAUACAUAAAAUAAUGAAGAAAAAUAUAUAUAGAUAGAAAAUACUGGAGUUUUGAUUAAUAUUUAACAAAAAAAUUCAAAUAUUAUUACAUAAGAUAUCAUUUUAUGAUAUAAUAACAAUUAUUACAUAUACAGGUACUACUUAUUAUUGUAUACUGUACCGUUUCUAAUUCUUCAUGUAAAUUAUUGGAUAAACACUUACUACACACAUUCACGCAUAUAAAUAUAUAUGUAUAGUACCUAUUUAUCGAAUACACUAUUUGCGUAUGACCCCGGGAAUGCAAAUGCAAAGUUUCACGCGUUCGUCGUGUUUAAAUAAUUCGCGCAUAGAGUAUAUAUUAAUAACAUACAUAUAUACAUAUAUAUAUGUCAGACUGUAUUUUAAUCAAGUGUAAUAUGUUAAUGACAUAAUUAGUCGUGUAUGAGAGUCAUAUUUAAUAUUUUAACAUACAAUAUUUAUCGUGGCUAAAUGCAACACGUAUUUAAAAUAAAAAUUUUAUUUAAAUAUGUAUAAUUAUUUUAAAAUCGAGAAAAUCGAAUGCGUUUUUUUGCGCAUGCACACUCGUGGGGUUUCGUCAGGAUUCAGCCAGUAAUUGUAAUAAUAAUGCUUGAGAAAAUGCAUGAAAUUAUUUGUUUUUAUUAAUGCUUAUUCUUAUUUCAUUAUCUUUAUCUAUUCAACGACAACAAAAACAAAAAAAAAAUGCAAAAAAAAAUUUACCCGUCAAGCUAAAUAUUUCUGUAAUGUUUAUUUUUAUUAUUAUUAUUAUUAUACUCGUAUAAUCAAUA